CGAGUAUUUUGUUUUGAAAUGGAAACUAUUUUUCAAUACCAAAGCAGUACAAGUGACAACGAAUCAGAUAAUGAAAUAAAGUUAAAUCCACAAUUGAAUACUACCAUCAAUUUAAAAUCCUUCGAAGAAAGGAAUAAUUUGUCAAAAACAACUAACCAUUUCAAUUUUGAUAAGUCGCAACAAGAAACGAGAGACUAUGGUAAAAAGAUCAAAGGAUAUGUAUCGAAACGGAUAAAGCUUCAAGAGGUUAACGAAAAAAAUUUAGAAUCACAACAAAAAGAAAAAGAACAAAUAUCUUCAGAUUCAAACCUAUUGUCACCUUUUAGGACAAAUUUACUUGAUCUACCUAAUCGAAUUCAAUCCGCAUUGGACGAAAAACAAGAUGUUAUUCAUAAAACAAUCCCUAAAAAACAAAUAAUUUCGCUUCCAAAAGAGCAUACGAAAGGAGUAAACGUCUUAUUAUGGUGCGGUUCUUUUGGACAAUUAUUGGCUUCAGCAUCAAUGGAUGGCACUGUUAGAAUUUGGGAUGUUUUUAGAUCAAAGGAAUGUGUAAGAGUUAUUAAUCACGAUGGGGCAGUGAAAGAUGCAAAAUGGGAUAAUUUUCGUAACAAUAUUCUUUCCGGAGGAUACGAUAAGAUUGUAAAGUUAACUAAUUCGUUUCCUCAUCCACAAGUUGUUACUUCACUUCGAUAUCAUCCCAAACAACCAAAUGUUUUCGUUUCAGGAAUGAUGAAAGAUGGUAUACGAACGUGGGAUUUACGUUCCAAUAAGAUCGUAAAAGAAUCCAGAAAGUUUUGGGGUAGUGUUAAUGAUAUUGAGUUUUUUCCUGAUGGAAUUAAUCUACUUUGUUGCUCCGAUUAUGUUGUAAGAAAUUCAUCUGAUAAAAAUAUAAUGGUUUGGGAUAUAAAUUCUAUGACAUCAAUUUCGAAUCAAAUAUAUCAAGAAGCAUUCUCUUGUACUGCUCUUAGAAUGCAACCAUUGCAUACUCACUUCGUUGCUCAAUCGAAUGGGAAUUAUAUUGCAAUUUUUAAUAGUGAAAAACCUUGGAGAUUGGACAAAAGAAAGCGUUAUGAAGGUCAUCUUGUGAAUGGAUAUCCUAUUCGAUGUAAUUUUUCACUUGAACCAGAUCCGGGACGAUACUUGGUUUCAGGAGAUGCAAACGGUAGAUUAUUUUUUUAUGAUUGGUUUUCUUCUAAAAUUGUAAAGAUAAUGGAGGAUGCACAUAAAGAUGCAUGUACAGAUGCAUGUUGGCACCCAUUAUUAAACGGUAUGGUGGCUAGUUGUGGUUGGGAUGGAAAAUUAAAAAUUUGGGGUUCAACAAGAUUUGACCAAAUUAUUAACCUCGUAAUAUCAUUGUCUUUUCUUGAUGCAUUAAAUUCAAAGGGAUUUAGAAAAUUAAUUAUUCAAUAUGGAAAAAGUGUUAAAAUUUAUCAUGAUGCAAUUCAUUCAAUUCAAUCUCGGCAAAACAAUGAAAUAGAAAUUGUUGGUUAUGAUUAUAAAACGUCAUUAGAUCAAGAUAUGGUCGAAUCUGAUUUGAUUAUAAGUCAUGCAGGUUCAGGGUCAAUAUUAGAAUGCCUACGUCUAAAGAAACCUUUGAUCGUAGUGAUAAAUGAAAAUUUAAUGGGAAAUCAUCAAGUUGAACUUGCUAUUGAACUUCAGAACAAAGGAUAUCUAGUUUAUAGUUCUAUCAGUAAUCUUUUAGAACUUUUCCAAUCCGAUAAAUACUUCAAUUCGGUCUCUUUUCCAAGAUCCGAUGAGACAAUUUUUAUAGAUAUUUUGAAUGAAGAAAUGGGAUUAUAUUAA